AUGCGGGCUUGCUCUAUCCUCGUUUUUCUUUUUUCUGCUACUAUUGUUUCUAAUGUUGCUGCGGACCCAGUAGUUUUGAUUUUGAAAGAUUACACGAAUGGUACGAACUACCAGGUAAAUAAUGUGGAGGAAGGAGGAAGCCUGUAUGUUGCCUCUAAUGAUGCCGUAGCAAGUUUAAAUAAUAUCCAAUUGGUGACAGGAGGGAAACCCUACUUACUUUCUGAUCUGGCAGCAGUGCAACCAGACGGAAUCCCACAGAAAAUUACGAUCAGUGGAGGAUUAACUAUCACUACAACCAAUACAGAUUCCGCAACAAACGCGUUGACAGGAUAUUUGUAUGUGACCACAGCUCAACAAGCUCAAGACCCAUCAUUCGGAGUCUAUGUGAUCACUGGCACCCAUAACAUUGUUCUGAGUGGUGCUCAAGCAACUACAGUAAUUCUCAAUACUGAGUUGGUCACACCACCCGACGACGUAGAUCGAUCAGAGAAAACUACAUAUGUGUCUGAUCUUAAAAUGGAUAUCGACAAAACAGUUAUUUUCCAAUGGGGAAUUCCCGGGAAGCAAGCCACCAACAAUCAGUUUUUUAGGAACCCAUUCAAUUACAACAACUACGACUCAAAUGGGAAUCUUCUGAAUACAACACAACUAUUUUUUGAUCAUGUUGAACCACUGCAAAUCGGUCUAGACUACUGGUAUAUUUCUAGCUCCGGAAGUGUGAGCAUGACUAUGAAGAAUACUUAUGUACCCAACCAUAACUACACUACAACGGCGGUGAGCACCACAGGAUUGGUUGUUAGUGGUACCUUCCUAUUCAAUCAGCACACUGUUAACUUUCAACAAGAUCCUGUGAAUACGCAAACUUUCGGCAGUUUGAUUUCUGCAUACCCUUCUCCUCGCGCCACGGUCAGUUUUGUCUUCAAUGGCAGUGACGAGAAUUCGGUGCAAAAUUAUGACAUCCAAAAUAAUGCAACUCAAUUGGUGAAAGUAGUUAAAUUCUCUGCACAAACGUUGACAGUCAGCUCUUCUGAUGUUUCUGCUGGAACGUUUUACUGCCAGUAUUUCAGUAACAGCAAUGCUGGAACUCCAAUGACUACAACCGUAGCGACAUCAGGAGCUACAGUACCACAAGGAAGCACAGUGACCGCUGGAACUGGUCCGACUCAAGCAGCAGGAAGUACUCUAACAACUGCUUUUCCUCCAGGAUCUACAGUAUCAACUGUGAACGCAGGAACUGUAACUACAGUAACCGCUGGUUCCCCCACCACCUCUUCAGCCACCGUUGCUACAACUACCAGCGUUGUUCGAUCUCCAUUCAGUUUCUUCUCAUUUUUUGUUGUACUCACUCUACUGAUACUCUAA